AUGGGCGGGGUGCUCAAAGGGGAGCCCGAGGUGGAGCUGCAGGCAGGCGUCCCCGUGGACGGGCCCGACCUUAGCGUGACCGUGAACGGCCUCCGGCUGCCCAACCCCUUCGUGAUCGCCAGCGGCCCGCCGGGCACGAACUACGCGGUGAUGGCCAAGGCCUUCCAGGAGGGCUGGGGCGCUGUGAUCUGCAAGACGCUGAGCUUGGACGCGGACGCCGUGGUGAACGUGACACCGCGUUACGCCCAGCUGCGCGCCUUCGCCGACCGGGAGGUUGUGGGAUGGGAGAACAUCGAGCUCAUCAGCGACCGGCCCUUCGAGGCAAUGCUGGACGACCUCCGCAGGUUGAAGGACGAAUUCCCUGACAGGGUGCUGCUUGCAUCCAUCAUGGAAGAAUACAGGAGGGAGGCCUGGGAGGAAAUAAUCGAGAGGUGUGAAAGUGCUGGGGUGGAUGGGCUUGAGAUCAACUUCUCCUGCCCCCACGGCUUGCCAGAGCGCGGCAUGGGGAUGGCCAUGGGCCAGGACUCCGAAAUGCUCACGGAAGUCUGCGGCUGGAUCAAUGCCAAAGCGACGGUACCCGUGUGGGCGAAAAUGACCCCCAACAUAACCGACAUCUCCCAGCCCUCCAGAGCAGCCCUGCUGGGUGGGUGUGAGGGGGUGUCGGCGAUCAACACGAUCCAGUCGGUGAUGGGAGUGAACUUGAAGACCCUGCGGCCUGAGCCGGCUGUGGAAGGCUACACCACCCCAGGGGGGUACAGCUACAAGGCCGUGAAGCCGAUCGCCUUGGCCAAGGUGAUGCGGGUGGCCCAGCUGAUCCGUGACGAGUUCGGCGGCCAGGACAAGUCACUGUCAGGCAUAGGUGGCGUGGAGACAGGCCGAGAUGCCGCAGAGUUUCUGCUGCUGGGCGCGGACACGGUGCAAGUCUGCACGGGCGUCAUGGUGCAUGGCUACCCACUGGUGAAGAAGCUGUGCGGGGGGCUGCAGCAGUUCAUGAGUGACCACGACUUUGGUGGGAUCGAUAGCUUCAAGGGUUCCAGCCUGCAGUACUUUACGACCCACAGGGACUUGGUGGAGAGGCAGAGGGCGGCGAUCAGGGCCAAGAAGCAGGAGGGCAUCUUGAACGAUGCGGAGUGGACGGGGGAGGAGUUCACCAGCGAGGCUGCCAAGAUGGUGGCAAACAAGUAG